GUGAUGAAUUUUCGCGGCAUUUUUUUGUUACUCAUUCUGCUUGGAACCCAAGGAGAAACUAUUACAGCACUGUCUAGUAAUUGGAAAACUGUAACUGAAGUCGUUAUAUUUCACAAUGCUUCGAAUAGGCACAUUCGUAACAUUGUACAAAGAGCAGAAUCCUUGUUCCUUGCCAACAGACCGAGGAGCAAAAUUAUUCUUCAGCAGGAAGCUUCAAAGGUUUAUGUAAAUCCAUUGCCCUUUGACAGCCGCAAGAUAGAGCUCAGUCAAGUUGGUGCCAGUGGAGGAUCUCUUUCUCAGAUCAGGAAUAUCUCAUUGCAGAUUCUGGGUGCCAUUUUUGUGGACAUCAAUAGUGAUGCCCUUUAUGCUUCGUCACUUUUGGAGGAAUUGGCUAUCCCGACCAUUGGAAUCUUUCAAAGCGAGGGACAACCAAGAUCACAGGAGAGUUCUGCCGACUUUACAAGAGUUACGUUGCCGUCAGUCAAGUAUUAUGCUCAGAUUGUUUGGAAACUCAUGAAAAAGACGGAACGACGCAGCCUUUGCUUGGUGUUGUCUGCCGAUUCCGAUGGACAAGAACUUGCGGACUCAAUGACCCAAGUGGCAGAAGAGGAGAAAUGGUUUAUUAAACAUAUAUUUUGGCUCUCCGAGAAUAAUUGGCCGUCAAUGAUAAAUAUAUCAGAUUGUGUAAUAUCUCUUGAAAGCGACAUCGUAGUGGUGCACAGUAGAAAUGAAGGCAACGAAGCUUUGCUAGGACUGCUAACAAAACACAACACUUCGCACUCUCUAUGGGUUGUUACUGAUGUUACAAUGUAUGGGUUAUCAAAUGAUUACAUACUUCCAGAUGGGUUGAUAAAAAUCAGCGCCAGGAGCGAGAAUAUUGAUUCUACCUUUUACUCAGAUGCCAUUUACGAUGGCCUUCUCCUCUGUCAAACUGCAUUGGAAAAGGCCCUUGGAAUAGACUCACAUCAGACCACUGAGGAUGUUUGUUACGAUGAAAGAGGAGAUAUUGGGAGUAUUUUUCAUAGGAACGUAAAAGAAACAUUCCUUGAAGGUUUAAGCUCUCUGUUCGUGGAACCUUCACUCCACAAGAAAUCAACGACGUCAUUUGAAAUAUGGAACCUUCGAAGUGGUGUAAAUGGUGCAAAGCGUUGGACCUUUGUCGGGCUGAGUACCCCAACUGGUUUUGCGCUUGACACCAUUAAGGCCCCAAAUGGGAAAACUAUCACACCUCCUGCUACACCAGUGACAAAUGUGGUGCGAGUUCCUGUGAUUGAGUACGCCCCUUGGGUCCAAAUUGAGGAUUGUCGCAUAGAUGGAAGAGGGAGUUACUACUGCAUUGGAAGAGGGCAACUUUGCUACAAAUAUAAUAACUGA